AUGUACAGGGCGGGUUCGGCUGUGAGCCCUGAGCAGCCCGGCGCACUGCAGUACGCGUCGGAGGCGCUGCGCGACAAAUGGGAGGUGGUGCUGGGUGCGGUCAAGCAGGACGUCUCCUGCCUAAGGCACGCGUCCUGCCGGCUUCGGGACGACCCGAGCUUCGUGCUGCUGGCGCUGUCCAGCGGCGGCGGCGAGGCCCUGGCGCACGCCUCCGAGGCCCUGCGGCGCGACUUCGCGUUCGUGCGCCGGGCCGUCUUCGCGCACGGCGCUGCGCUCCGGCACGCGGCCGACGCCCUGCGGGAGGAGCCGAGCAUCGUCCUGGCCGCCGUCGCGUCGUGCGCGCAGGCGCUGGAGCUCGCGGGGGGAGCCCUGCGCAGCGACCGGCAGUUCCUGCUCCGCGCCGUCGGGGCGAACCCCGAGGCGGCCCGUUUCCUGCCCGGUGGCCGCCCGAUGGACCGCGGCAUGGCGCUGGCGGCCGUGCGCGAGGACCCGAGGGUGCUGCAGCACUUGCCCGUGGAGCUGAGGGGGGACGCCGGCGUGGUGCUGGCCGCGAUGGGGAGCGGCCUUGCAGGGGCGCCGCAGCCCCCCAGCGGCGUGCUGCGGCACGCGUCGCCGGAGCUGCUGAGCGACUCGGCGUUCAUGCUCGCCGCGGCUUCCAAGGACGUCUCUGCCCUGGCGCACGCCGCGGAGGCCCUGAGGGACGACGAGGCGUUCGCCCUCGCCGCGCUGGGGCGGUGUGGCGCGGGGGCGCUGGCGCAUGUGGCGUCGCGCGUCCGGUCGGACGCGCAGUUCCUCCUGAGGGCCUUACAGAUCGACGGCUGGGUGCUGGCGGAGCUCGGCGAGGACCUCCGAGACAGCAGGCCCCACGUGCUCGCGGCGGUGGCGUCGCGCGGCGGGACGCUGCGGCACGCCUCGGGGCGGCUGAG